UACAAUUUGUUUCAAUUUAUCGCAGAAGUAAUUAAAGUAAUUGUACUUAUUCAUAAUAACAAUUAUUAUUGGUUGCAACAACGUUUGAUUAGUUAGCCUGCCCUGUGAUGAUAAACUGUUGAGGUAAACUGUUUAGUCCUGAUCAAGAGCAAGCAGUUGAGAUGAAGUUCUGGAACGUUAAAGUGGAUGAAUGGGAGAUUGGAGCUGACCGUUUAAAACUUCAAGAGGUCAUUGGCAGGGGGGCAUUUGGAGCUGUCUGGAGAGCACUUUUGAGUGAACCGGAUGGAAAACCUGGAAAUCGGACAGUUGCUGUAAAAUGCUUUACACCCACUUCUGGGGAAGAUGGACGGAGAUCCCUGAUUAGAGAAAUUGAGCUGGGGAAACUUCUUGGAGAAAAACCUCAGGCAAACAUUGUUCAGUUUAUUGGCUGCGUUACCACACAAGUUCAUCCAAUGAUGGUUAUGGAGUACUUGGCGUGUGGUGACCUGUUGGGUUAUCUGAGGAAAAGCCGUGGAAUUCAUGAUAAGUAUCAUCUUGGACAAGGGAGUGUUCCGGAACUGCAAAUAUAUGAUCUAGUGUUGUUUGCCAAACAAGUUGCUGCUGGUAUGGUGUUUCUUGGAUCAAGAGGAAUAAUCCAUCGUGACCUGGCAGCUCGUAAUGUUCUUCUUGAUGACAACUAUGUUUGCAAAGUUACCGACUUUGGACUGGCUUAUCAAGAUUUCAAGUAUGGACAUGGAAAUGCCAAAAAGGUAUCUUAAUUUAUAAUUUUGCACAGCCAUAGCACUAUUAACACAUAAUUGCUGGCCCCGAGGGAAACAUUUAAGAUGGCUCACAACUGUUUCCAGCGUUUUUUGGUAUGUCUUUGUUGAAUCAAUACUACCACUCUUUUGGUCGAUGCUAUAACAGUGACAUCAACGAAGGUUUCAAUCAUGGUUAAACAAGUUCCUGACGCAAAAGGUUACCAUAGCAAUGGUAUAGGCCGUUCAAAAGGGUGUUAACUUCAGCUUCAAGUGCUCACAAUUAAAA